CCGUCCAAGAUCUUUUGUGCAACAUUGCCUGAAAAACCUAGAGGCAGCUUGUUACUGUACCUCCCAACAGGUUCAAGAGCAGAGAAAGGGGCUUUAUAAAGUCCAGAGUGAGCACUCAUGUGAAUGGUACACAGUGGAUCUCGGAGACAAAGACCGUUUUCCGUCAUGUGAAUGCAGAUCUUUUAAUUCCACUUUUUUACCCUGCAAGCAUUUUUUUGCUGUUUUCAAACACACUGACAACUCAUGGUACUCAUUGUGCCCAGAUUACAUCAGCAGUCCUUAUGUCACUCUUGACUCGGAUGUUGUGUCAAGUCAAAAACAUUUGGAGGUGAAGGAAGUGAUUGACAAGGACACUACUGUCUGCACCAAUAGCUUUGUGGGCAGCGCGUCGACAUGUAAGGAAAAUGCUGUACAUCCUGUUGCCAUAGACUGUUGUGACAUUCAGUGCUUGAAGACAGACAUGGAGGCAAAUGAAGUUUCCACUGCACAGUGUGCCCUUAGAGAGAAAUUAAAAAUUCUCCAGGAUCUAUCAUACAUAUGCAUGGAUCAUGAGUUGUUACGUAAUGCAACUGCAGUCAUUCAUGAACUUGCAGGAAAGAUGAAAUGCUCUGUCCCAAAAGAAGACUUACUACCACUUCUAAGUAACCAAGAUGACAUAAAACUGAAACUUCGUGUACUUCCACCACAGAAAAGAAAAGGAAAGGUGAAAGCCAAAAAAAGGAGAAUUGAGAAAAGAAUCAGUGGUGACACAGGGAACCAGUCUGGUUCUUCGAAAGAGAACUUGCUUACAGACUGCACUACAAUAGGUUUGCCAGAGGCUGAGACACUUCUGGCAGAGCUGAUCAAGUAUGACAUUGCUGAGGUAGAAAGUGGAGUUAGGUUGUCUGUCUGUGGACAGAUGUUAGAGAGCAGGGAUUUUAAAUCUCUGAAACAUCCUCACUGGUUAAAUGAUAAGGUGAUAAAUGCAUACUUGGACACGUUGACACUCGAAAACAACACAGAGGCCAACACUGGAAACUUCUGUUUCAAUAUUUCUACAUACAUGCCUCUGCUUUGGGAACGUGACCAAUUUGAUGACUGGAUGUUUAAAAAGGUGUAUAUGACUUUCUUCUUUCUGAUGAACACAGUCGGAGUUGUAUUAAUAAAUAUCCUGACGCAUCCAAGCUUUAUAAUGGCAGUGAAUGGGAUUAACAAGUUUGACUUUGAGGCUCAAGAAAGUGCAUCCAUCCACCAUAAAUGUACUCCACACAGAUCUGGGGGGUUAAUAAAGGCCUUCAGAAACUAAGAAAUAUGUCUGUGUAAGAAAAAUAUCCAAAAUAUCCUCGUCACAAAGGCUCGUUGAUGCACGUGCGGAGUGAAGGCUGGCCCGUGUGGUCUGAUCCAACAGAUGAGCUACUGUAGUUCAAAUUGCUCAAGAAGUUAAUGCUGGUUCUGAUAGAAAGGUGUCAGAAUACACAG